GUUUCCUCGAUCCGCCCGCGGGUUUGUCCUCGGUUCCCCGGCCUCGCUAGCUCCGCCCGCUCGCCGCGUGCUCCCGCCUCCCUCUCGGAAUGCCUGUCUGGGGCGGUGGAAAUAAGUGCGGGGCCUGCGCGAGGACCGUGUACCACGCCGAGGAGGUGCAGUGCGAUGGGCGGAGCUUCCACCGCUGCUGCUUCCUGUGCAUGGUCUGCAGGAAAAAUUUAGACAGCACCACAGUGGCAAUUCAUGAUGAAGAGAUCUACUGCAAAUCUUGCUAUGGGAAGAAGUACGGACCGAAAGGCUAUGGUUACGGCCAGGGUGCUGGCACGCUCAACAUGGACCGUGGUGAGAGGCUGGGCAUCAAGCCAGAGAGCGCUCAGCCUCACAGGCCUACAACAAACCCAAACACUUCUAAAUUUGCCCAGAAAUAUGGAGGUGCUGAGAAGUGUUCCAGGUGUGGGGAUUCUGUCUAUGCUGCCGAGAAGAUAAUCGGAGCUGGAAAGCCCUGGCACAAAAACUGCUUCCGAUGUGCCAAGUGUGGGAAGAGCCUUGAAUCUACAACUCUGACUGAGAAAGAAGGUGAAAUCUAUUGUAAAGGGUGCUAUGCAAAGAACUUUGGGCCCAAGGGAUUUGGCUAUGGUCAAGGAGCAGGGGCCCUUGUUCAUGCGCAGUGAUGGUGUGAACCCAGAACGAGGCACCGCACACGGAAUCUUCACCACCAACACAGAUGGCCUUCCAGCACUCACUACUGUGAAACUCGACCAGCACCGUGCACCACACCCCUACCUGCACAGGCGGGCUGGACGAAACAGCACUGUGCUCGCUCGCUCGCUCGCUCAUUCGCUAGCAUUUAAGAGCAUCUCUUUUACAUCUGAAAUAAAGUUUCGGCUUGAUCUGGG